AGCUCGGGCAAUAGUGAGGUCUGAAGAAGAUGGUUGCGUCCAUGUAGAGAGACAAAACCACGCUAAGAUAGCUUGUAGAGUGGUUAUUUUUCGACUUUCCUUCGCUUCAUGUACACAUAGAGAAUGAGUUUAAGGAGGGCGUUCAGUUCUGCGUUGUGCUUCGGAGGAUGGAGCACGACAAUAUCGAGUUUUACGAGAUACAGCUCAGUAUUUGCAGCAAAACACGGGAGCGGUUCUGUGACAGCUCGACCUUUAUCAGGUUUCUGCCAUCACCGCUCGAACAGCAAAGAAAACACUGAGAAAAGUAAUAAGGGUUUGACUGUACAGUCUGUGAGGUGCUACGCACGACCUAUCAGAAAGAAGCAAGAUUUCCCCAGCCAGCUGGAAGACCUGCCUCCCUCGUUGUUAAAGAAAGAGUAUGCUGGUAUCCAGUGUGCAGAUCAGACUGAUGAUCUAGUUAAGAAACUCAUCACACUGGAACUUGCAAGCCAUAAAGAGAAACUAAAAAUCAAAAGAGAGCAGAUGAUAGACCUGGUCAGGAGAAACCCGACUGACAACGGAUCCACAGAAGUGCAGGUUGCCAUCUUGACUGUAAACAUUCGUAACUUACAGGAACACCUCCACAAACACCCAAAGGACAAAUCAAAUAAACGGCGUAUGCUCAUGGCGAUUGACAGGAGAAGGAAACUCCUGAAGUACCUACGCCACACUCGCUACGAUCUGUUUGAAAAUGUCUGCAAGCAGUUGGGAAUUACCUACACAUUCCCCCUAGAGUACUACAGGAAAGCCACAAGACGAUGGGCAGCAAAGAAGGCUCUGUGCAUCAAGGUUUUCAAUGAGGUGAGGAAACAGCGUCUUGCAGAGAGACCGAAACAGAAAGAGGCUGAAGCAGUGAAGCAGGAGUCCACAGCAAAAGAAGGAACCCCAGUGUAAAUUAGACAAGUUCACUUGUGCUUCAUUGUGUGGAAAGGAGAACUAAUAAAGCAUUUUCUGAAACACU